AUGGAAGCUCUUUCGAUUCCGUCGACCAUCAAAGCAAUCGUCCAAUCAGACGUAAACUCAACGCAUCUGGUUCUGACAGCCCAGCCUACCCCAAUUCCGCAACCCAACUCAGACGAACAUUUAAUCCGCGUCCACGCUGCAGCAUUUUGCAACGGCGAACUCCUCUGGGACAAAAACUAUCCGUCACGAGGAAAUGCACACAAGAUUCUGAUUCCCUGCGACGACUUUGCUGGCACUGUUGUCAGUGCUCCAGCAAAUUCACCUUUUGUCGCUGGUUCGGAGGUGUAUGCACGAACCAGUCAUGUUCGCUCUGGAAACGCUCGCGAGUAUACCAUUGCAGUCACCAGCGAACUUGCAUUCAGACCGACGAAUAUCUCCUGGGCGGAAUCUGCAUGCGUGCCUUUGUCGGCUCUGACGGCGUGGCAGGCGCUGUUUGUGCACGCCGGGCUUGCUCCACCAACGAGUGUCGUUCAAUCUUCCGCUGCUGGAAAGAGGAUAUUGGUUCUUGGUGCAGCUGGUGCGGUAGGAAUCUGGAUCGUGCAGCUGGCAAAGCUAGUAGGAGCUGAUGUUGUGGGUACAGCUGGAGCGGACAGUAUCGAGUUCGUAAAGUCUUUAGGUGCAACAGAGGUCUUCGAUUACCGAACUGUAAACCUGAAGGAAUGGGCUGCUUCGAGAAAGAAAGUGGACAUCGUAAUCGAUUGCUUUGGCGGAAACGCCUUGCGAGAUGCUAGGUGGACAGUCAGACCAGGUGGUCUACUGAUGAGUAUCCGUCAACCUCAGAUGCUCAAGCCCGACGAAUUGGACGUGGAAGUGAAGACCUUGUUUUUCAUCAUGGAGCCUAAUGGAGCCCAAUUGCAGAAGAUCACCAAUCUCAUCAACGUUGGAAACUUUAAAGUCAAGGUGGACAGCAUAUGGAGCCUGGAUCAAUAUUCGGACGCUCUAGAGCGAUUCGAGAAUGGACGACCAAAGGGAAAAGUGGUCUUCGGUGUGCUUGCUACUUCGAACUAG